UCAAAUGCAUUAGUAGUCAAUUCUUUAACUUUUAAUAUUUUGUGUUGCUGAGCAAGUGCUGGAAAUUCAGGUCCCACCAUGCUGCUGAAAAGAAACACCUUUCUGCUGCUAGUUGUGUUGUGCGCUCUCGUCUUGUGGAGCCACUCGGUCAGUGCAGGCUCCAGCUUUCUCAGUCCUUCACAAAAACCUCAGCACAAAGGAAAGUCUUACAGGGUUGGUCGCCGAGCCAUGGAGGAGCCAAGUCAACCCCCUGAGGACAGUCAUGUGACAAUAAGUGCCCCCUUUGAAAUUGGCAUCACAAUGGGAGAAGAGGACUUUCAGGAGUAUGGCAUGGUGCUGCAGGAGAUGAUCAGACGUCUGCUGGAAAGCUUUGACUCUACAGAGAGACGUUGACAACUUGAAAAUCAGCACCAAUUCCUUUCAACUUAAAGUUUACGUGUUAGUGAUCAAAAUGCUAAAUAAUAUUAACAGUAGCCUAGUCCUCUCUGAUCAAAACUAACUGCAUUCGUUUUAAAAGCAUUCACACAUUCUAAUUCAGGCUCUGGCUAAACAGGUCACAGUCAGUGUCCUUCACAGAUGCCAAACUAAAUUAAAAACUGAUCAUAGUGUCCUUGAUUAUGCUCAGGUGUGACCUCAGGACCUUUUAUUGAGAGGUGGAUAUAUGGUUAAACAUAAAUUUUAAUUAAAUUGAUGUUAAGUAUUGGUGUCACUCUAUUACUUUGAUAUAUUGUUCAAGAAUGAUUUGUGUACCAUAUUCUGCACCCAGACACCGGAAAACUAUAUAACACUACAGAAUGUUAUGCACAACCAGUUCCUAUUUGUCUCCUAAAUAAAGCAUCAAAUAAACAUUUGCUUGUGAGCCUUCAACAAAUAUUAUUUAAAUGUCAAAGUGAAGAUUGUUGACCUUUUAGUGAAGGAUUUGGGAGGAGGAAUGGAUAAGAAUAUGUUGCCCUUCAAAUUAGAUAAUAAAUCUGAGGC